AAGUCAUACAAGAACCAUACGAAUAUGUUGCUAGAUUUGUCAGCGAAUUUGGGCGUGGCAAGGUCGAUUCUUCCAAGUAUAUAAUGAACCAAAUUCGUGAGAUUUGUAUCAUUGUCCAGUUCUCUACAACAGUGUCAAAAUGAACGCUUUCGCCAUCAUCCUCGCUUUUGGAGCUUUCGCUACCGCCAAUGCUGGAGUACUUCCAUUUGUAGCCUCAAGGGCGGUAGUAGCACCUCUAGCAGCUGGAGCCAUAGUGGUACCAAGGGGACAUGGGCUCGAAGGUCAAUACAUCCCAGACAAUCUCGAAAAACUCUACGAUGAUGGUUCCUACAGGCCUGAAUUGAGAGCUCAACCCUUGUCUGUCUCCCCCUACGGUUUGGUCCCAUCUGGAAGUGGUCUUGAAGGUGCCUAUGUCCACGACAACACCGAAAAACUCUUCGACGAUGGUUCCUACAAACCCGAAAUCAGAGCUCUUCCCUUGGCCCCCUCCCCAUACGGUUUGGUACCAGCUGGAUCCGGUUUGGAAGGCCAAUACGUUCAAGACAUCAACGAAAAACUUUACGAUGACGGUUCCUACAAACCUGAAUUGCAAGGUGUUCUUGCUGUUAAACAUUUGAUCGUAUAGACUGUGACUGUUAUUAUAGGUUUUUUUUGUAAUUAAAUGUAAAGUAUUUUCAAUUUA